GGUGGUUUUGCUGGAAUUCCUUAUCGAAUGCAUUACAUUAUUGUGCCUAUAAAACCGAUUGGAUAUUAUUAGUGUUACCGUAAUAUUGCAGUUCGUGUCGUGUGUUUUUGGAAGAAUAAAGCAAACGGUCACCUAUUUAAAUUAUUAAUAGAAGGUUAACUACAAACACGGAGAAAGCGCUGGUGCUGUUGCUGCGGGUGGUGUUCAGUUUGGAUGUGUUUUUUACGCCCCGUUUUCGGCGUCGACAACUCGUCAAUUUAUUCGAUUGCACAAUUUGCAGGCGGUUUCCAUUGAAUAGAGUAUAAUGAGCGGUUGCGGACUGCUGGUUUCGGUGAUUAAAACCCUCGAUGCCAGCGAAACCAAUGAGCAGCGGGAGCGCGAAAAGCUCAAGAUCGAAAAGGAGUUCCGCAAGACAGAUCAACGGUUGAACGAACUCGUCUCGCGAAAUGAUGGCGACCUCACGAGGGUCAUGCAGUUGUUCGGAAAGGUGUCCACCCAGAUAACUAGCUCCCGAGAACGGAUCCACGUAGUGAAGGACAAUUUACAGACCUGUAAGCAGUUGCUACGAUGUCGUCGGGAGGAAUUGAAGAAACUCUACACCGAUGCGGUGCAGCACAAGUACGUGCUAGAGAUGCUGGAUCAGGUCAACGAGCUGCGCAAGACUCCUCAACAGCUGGCAGCUUUCAUGGCCAAGAAGCAUUAUCUGCAUGCAACAAAACUGCUGAUGUCGGCGGUCAAAACCACGGAAGGUCCCUUGAAGGACGUUGAGGGACUACAGGAUCUUCGUCAGGAUUUCCAAAAUAAACGGCAACAACUGUACUCUCGGUUGCUGGAUGAACUGUGCAAACAUUUGUACGUUUCGAGUACGGCAGAAGUGCUGCAGAACUUCCAGCGGCAAAGUUCCGGCAGGAUUAGCUGCACUGCAGCCGGGACUUCCCCAUUUCAAAGAAACGUACUGAGACGUUCCGCCGAAAGGAUGGAAGCCAAUACGAAGGCUAGAAAAGCGCUGUUCGAAAUCGCUCAAAAUGGCUACCUCGACGUCGAUAAGAGUGAAAUCAUCGAAGACACCGAUCUGCUGGAUCCGGAUGUCAAUAGCACCUACUUCAUUGGAAUCAUCAUUGAGUGCUUUGCAUUGCUUAAUAAAGUGCCUGAAUCGAUAGAGUCUUUAAGAGUACAAAUGCAAAGCGAGCUACUGACGAUCGUCACCAAAUCCACGCAUCACAUCAUGACUCUGAAUCAGCAACAAAACCAGAACCCAUAUCAGUAUCAGCAAUACCAAGCGGCGCCCAACACCAGCACCGAAGAGCUUCCCCAGCAAAACAUUCCCAUCCUGGAGUUGUUGGAUCUGGUGUUCAAGCAGUUCAAACUGAUAGCCAAUGCCCAUCAACUGACGCUGAAAAACUACCACAACGUUAUGCAUCGAUACAGCUUGAACCAGGUGAAGGCUUACGAUCUGAUCGAAUAUUGGGGACAGGCGCAAGCGGUUCUCAAGCUAGUGUUGACGGACUAUCUGGACAUUCAGAACGACAGCAGCGAUGAACUGAUGCGGGCACAGUUUACGGAGCAAACGACAAACAUCAACACCUUCUUCAGUCGACGGAAGGUUCAAGGUAAAAAGAUGCUGUUCAAGUUUGACAAGUCUUCGCAUACGGCUUUGCUGGAGUCCGACUCGAGUGCUAAGGAACACCGUCGCAAUGCGUCGAACGUGUCCAACAAUACUCCCAACAAGGAUGACGUGUUGAACCAAUCCGGUGUCAAUGGGCAAAAUUUGUUGAACACCAGCUUUAAUAAACACCUUCCGGGGACACCCGGAGCGGAUCGCAAGAAGAGAGAGCGUGCUCUCGUGUGCACACCCGAUGCCGGGUUGGUGCGGCAAAUCUAUCUUCCAAUGAUGGGCUAUGUUCAUGAGAUAGAAGGAUUCAUGAAAUGCAAAUCGGGGCAAUCGUGCAGUCUGAACAGCUUCCUUGCCAACUACGUAAAGGACGCCUACCUAGCCCGGGGGCACAAUCGCAACCUGCAGCUGACGAUUGAAUCCCUCUCGAAAACACAGGACGCCUGGCGUUCGAUAAUUACUCCUGAAGAAAUGAAACGCUUAGGACUGACUAGACCACUCCUGCAAAAUACUGUUUUGGUUGAGAACCGAAUUUCCGAGACCAAAAGACUCAUACAAGAUCUGCCGACCUAUUCGGACGAGCUGCUGAAGAUGGUUUGUUCGCUGUUGAAGACCUAUCGGGAAACGUGUCAGGCGGCGUACCGUGGCAUUGUGCAACCGGAAACGGAGGACAAACGAAUCUACAGCGUGGCAUGGCUUAAGGACGAUGAUAUUACCAGGUUCCUCAAAUCUCUUCCAAACUGGACCGAUCUGAAAACUUCCAACGCCCGACUGAAGCAACAAUCCGGCCAGAAACGACUCAUGAAGCCGGAAGCUUCGGAAGAGGAAAGCCCAACCGCAGUUCAGCAGCGCAAUGUUCGCGAAGCCGAAAUGCUAACGAGCAACCUAGGCGAGGGAGGAAUUUCCCAGCAGGAAAUCCUCUCCGAUGUCGGCGUGCUGAAAGAAUUGGCCAUUCUGCAGGAAAGUAUGGAAUGGUUUGCCGGUCAAAUUACGGACUUUGCUGAUGAACUGCGGAAGCCGAUCGUAAACGGGCUGGUGGGAGGCGUAAGUGCCUCUCCGGUAGUCGUUAAGGACGGUAUGAUUAAGGUGCUGAUGAACCUUGCGUUGGAGUUUGAAGAGCUGGCAAAUACAUGUUUGCUGGUGUUGCAUCUCGAAGUGCGGGUACAGUGCUUCCAUUAUCUGAAAUCGAACCCGUCUGAUAAGUUCAAACCGAACAAUCCUAAUAAGAAUGAUUCGCUGGAACCGGACGCUAAAGUGCUGAAGUUGACUAAAGUUCUGUCCGAUAUGGACGAGGCAUUGAGUUCGACGUUGCAUCCGAGGAAAACUAAGUACGUAUUCGAAGGACUGGCCCAUCUGGCAUCGCGCAUUCUAAUAAUAGCAGCCAAUUCGAUGGAGUACAUCGAUACGGCCGGUGUACAACGAAUGUGUCGCAAUGCUUUGGCCCUGCAACAGACUCUUAGUAGCAUCACGGCAUCACGAGAAGUUGCGCUAGAUUAUGCUAGAUCGUUUUAUGAAAUGUUUUACUUAGAGCCGGAUGAAAUUUUAACUUCAAUCAUCGAAAAAGGUUCCCAGUUUACCGAGAUGCAAUACUUGAAUGCCCUCCACCUGGUUUGCAAGAACCGUGGAAUCGUCGAUCAGAACACGUUGGUCAUGUAUCAGCAGAAGCUGAGCGAUGUACUGGGUACUAAACCUGGUCUUGGGGUUACUGUUUAGCAAUUGGAUUCAGAUGAAACAAAAGUAGCAUUUAGCAACACGGUAGGUAUGUACGAAAAUUAAUUUGAAAAUGUUGCGUAACGCAGCAUCGGAUCGCGGUGCGGAUGUUAUUUGCUGGAAAGAUGUUAUUAUUGCUAGUGGAAGGCAUGAACGAACCUACAGACUAUAUAUAUCUAGAGAGUUUACUGCAAACCGCAGCAAGUUAUUAACUGAAAUUUAGCGCUACCGUUCGUUAGUAGUGAAUGUCGAAUUAAGCUGACAAAGUCUAAUGACAACAAGUGUUCAUUUGUCCAGUUAAGGUUCUAUAAAAGCGGUUAGGAUUAUUGGGGGAACCUCUAUUCGAGGCUACAAUUGCCUUAAUUUUUAGCAUUAGGUGAAACUGAAGCGCCGGUAACGAAGUUUAGUUUGGCUUUGAUACAUUUUCUUCAAUGUUUUGAAAUUUACUUAUUGUAUUUCAAAUAUCUAAAUUAUUCGUUCAUUAAAUUUUCUUCAUGAUUGACAAGUAAUGGAAAUCGAAGGAAAAAGGCUACAGCGUUAAUUAUAAUUUCUAGGAUGCUAACUAAAUAA